GUUCGUCUCGGCCUUCAAACAGUCACCUCGCCGUGAGGAUGACAUCAGCAUUGUCACCGCGGCGAUGAGUGUCACCUUUGCUCCUGGAACUAACAUUGUCCAGGACCUGAGGCUGAGCUAUGGCGGCAUGGCGGCGACCACAGUGCUGGCUACUAAGACAGCAAACAGCCUUCUGGGAAGGUGCUGGGAGGAGGAGCUUCUUCAGGUGGCCUGCUCCUCACUGGCUGAGGAGAUGACCCUCGACGCCUCUGUACCAGGCGGCAUGGUGACGUACCGGCGAACUCUGACCCUCAGCCUCUUCUACAAGUUCUACCUGACGGUGCUGCAGAAGCUCCGGCAGCAGGGUGUGAAUGUGGACGAGGUUCGUUCAGACUUUGUGAGCGCCACCGAGAUUUAUCACCCAGAGACGCCAUCUAGUGUUCAGAUCUACCAGGCGGUGCCAGAGGGGCAGAGUCAGGACAAUGUGGUGGGCCGUCCCGUGAUGCACCUGUCGGCCAUGAAGCAGGCGACAGGUGAAGCGGUUUACUGCGACGAUGUGCCGCUGUACGAGAACGAGCUUUACCUGUCACUCAUCACCAGCAGCAAAGCUCACGCUCGCAUCAUGUGAGUGUGUAAC